UCACGGUUGCUUGCAACGCUUGUACGCUUGGUUUGCUUUGCAUACCAGAAAGAAAUUGGUCAACGAUCAUCGUGUUUAUUUCGUAAUCGAAGUGAAUUAGAUUAAAACAAGGAGUGCUAUUAUCCCUGAAGCUUCCAUCAUGAGUAAUCGGGAAAUUCAGGGUUCGACGAGGGUGACUAGGAAGGGACUCAAGACCCUGCAGCACACGGCUUCUGACCGAGAAAACUUAGUCGGCAGGCCUUCAAAAACUCUGAAGCAUCAACUGAGUCAAGAUUCACCAGUUGAUGUUGAAGUCAAGCGCAAGAAUUUGUCGACCAAGGAGACUCAAGCCAACUUUGACACCAAAAUAUCUGCAGAUGACCUCACCAAUCCUGAAGGAGCAUCAGAAAAGUAUUGGCAAAUCCUAGCGGAGAAGCGGCAAGUUGCUUUACAAGAUGCCUUGGAUGAGAAUGAAAAGCUCCGCCAAAUUAUAGAGGAGUUGAAAGAAAAGAAUGCAGAAUACAAACAGAUGUUGGAGGAGGCAAACAGUUUCAUUGAAGUCAUCAAGGAGGAACUAAACACUGGCAGCAACGACGACACAGGCAUCGACGUGAACGAUGUCAGCACGGCUGAUGAGACAGAAGAGCCUGAACCCUCCCCAAAGACUCCCAAAAAGAAGUAACUUGUAGUAAUCUAUUGUUAUUGUUCGAAAAGAUGUAACUUGUAGUAAUCGAUUGUUAUUAUGUUCGAAAAGAAGUAACUUAGUAAUCGAUUGUUAUUAUGUUCGAAAAGAAGUAACUUGUAGUAAUCGAUUGUUAUUAUGUUCGAAAAGAAGUAACUUGUAGUAAUCUAUACUUAUUAUGUUCGCUUAGCCACUUAAAAAAUUAUGACUUUGUGAAUGAACAUAAGUCCUUAAGUAUAUGAAAAUGGACUAGCUAUCAAUUUGAUUAUUGUAAUGUAACAUCUCAAAAAGAGUUUUUGCCAAUCUUACAUAGUUUUGCUAGUUUAACAAUUGUGACGUUUUCAACCAAAAGGUACCACCAUUGUCGCUUGUCGAUAAGGUUGAUUUUAAAUUAAAGCUAUAUGGAAAUAACGCCUUAUUGACAACCGACAAUAAGUACCCUUUUGAUUGAGAAUGGUACAAUUGGUAAUAUAACUUUUAAUAAAAAGGGACACAAAGUAACAUUUGUGACGUUUUCAAUCAAAAUGUACCACAUUGUCGCUUGUCGAUAAGGUUGAUUUCUAAUUGAAGCUAUAUGGAAAUAGCGCCUUACUAACAAGCGACAAUAAGUACCCUUUUGGUUGAAAAUAGCACAUUUAACUUUGAGCAGAGAUAAAUAAUUGUAAUAGGUAAGUCCAAGAAAAAAACGUGCCCCUUAGUUUGACAUUCAAAACAGAUGGCGCCGUACUACGCCAUAUGUUUUACGAUCACUGAAUUGUCAAACGUCAACUUUUGACAAUCAGUUACCGCAAAAUGUAUGGAGCUGUAAUGUUCCUUUUUUAAAAAAAACCUGAUCCUGGCAGUUGGCUCAUUACUUUCUAUAGUUUCUAUUGGUUUUUCUGGUCGUCCAUUUUUUCUAUUUUUAUUCCUAUAGUAGUUUAGAUUCUUCAACCGAUCAAGCAUCUACACGGACUGGAUCAAGUUCUGAUACUGAAAUUCUGCUCCCACAACCUUGAUGCUGGCAAAAUGGACAGAUGCCAUAAGAACCAAAAACUGAACUGAACUGUAUGGAGCUGUACAGCGCCAUCUUGUUUACCUGUAUUCGAAGCACGAAAUUGUCUCUUUUUACGCAUCUUACUCAAUCAAUGUAUAUUUGCUUUGAAUAUUGUUCAUUGCUGGUAGUUUAACAAUAAUAUCGUUGCAGUUUUAGGUUCCACCAUCUGUUUAAAUAAACUGAUUGAUAGUUUGUCUAUGUAUAAUUGUAUAGUAUUAGUAUAUCACCAAAUAACUACUUACAAAAUCAAUCUAUAUAUCAGUCACUCUGCGUCAACUAAUUUUCCCGUCUUUAUUAUGAAUAAAUAGUUAGUAAGUACAAAAGAUAGUCUAUAUUAAAUAACAAUAUUAAACGUUGUGUAUUUUGAGUUCAUAUAUGAUCUUUAGAUUUAAGUUGGCACCCCACUAUCAUAUUUUUCAAUAUUAUUUCCAAACUAAUGCAUUUUUCUACGAUUGAUCGACCUUUAGCCGUCUUAAGCAGUAAAUAAUGUUCCCGGUUUGUGUAUAGGUAGGUAAUUGGGUAAAUCAACUUUUUUCUUGUCACUCGUUGCCAUGGUUACAUUCUCCUCACUCUUAAAACCCCGAUUUUAUGGUAAUUAAAAUAACCAAACAUGCAUUUUUGUGGUAGAUAUAAGGCCUUUCCACUGAGCUACCACUAAUAAGCACGUUUCUGGAUCGUUAUACAACAUUCCGUCUAACAAACUGUGCUAACAUUGUCCCCUGGCUGACGGGACACAAUAACAACAAGAAAUAGUUGAUUCACCCAAUUGGUUUUUUCUAUUAAAAAUUUAAGCUCAACCUAGUGAUUUUAGAGCAACUUUUUAGAAUGAAGUUUCUUUAGUAUUAUGUGAGUUCCUCUAUUUUUCAUUUCCAUUAUAUGUAGUUGAAAUAUUUAAAUAACUAAUAAAAAAAACUUUAAAAUAUAAAA